AAGAUCUCUGGUGUGACGUUGCAGCUGUCACUGUAGCAGGCGAGUCAUACGGCAGAUCCGCUUCAUCCAUCUAUUUGAAUACAAAUAUAAUAUUGGCAUAACAGAGACCGAUUAUAUAUUUAACUGUUGCUACUUUCCCCUCGAACGUGCUGCAAUGGCUGACCCGAAGUAUGCCAACCUGCCGGGCAUCGCAUCCAACGAACCUGACGUGUAUGAGACAUGUGACCUGCCCGAGGAUGACCAGGCCCAGUUUGAGUCGGAGGAGUUGUGCAGUGACAGCGUGGAGCGGAUCGUCGUCAAUCCAAACGCCGCCUACGACAAAUUCAAAGACAAACACGUCGGCACGAAGGGUCUGGAUUUCUCUGAUCGCAUCAGUAAGAGUUGCAGGGUGGGCUACGAGUCUGGAGAUUACGAGCUCUUAGCGGAGGGUUGUGGGGUGAAAGAAACUCCACAGCAGAAAUAUCAACGACUGGUGAACGAGAUUCAUGAGCUGUGCCAGGACGUGGAGCGUAUUCAGACGAGCACUAAAGAGAGCGGAGCAGUGGAGUGUCUCACACCAGUGGCGUUGGCACAGCAGGCGGCACAGCUCAAACAGCAGUUGGUAUCUGCUCAUCUUGACUCGCUGCUGGGACCAAAUGCUCAUAUCAACCUCGCCGACCCGGACGGAGCGCUCGCCAAGCGGUUGUUGACACAGUUGGAGGUGGCGCGGGGUGUGCGGAGCUCUACGGGUGGAGAGGGGAAGACGGCGCCAUCCAAAGGCCCUGACGGCGUGAUUCUGUACGAGCUCCGCAGUCGACCCGAGCAGGAGAAAUUUACUGAGUCUGCAAAGGUUGCCGAGUUAGAGAGGCGAUUGGCUGAACUGGAGACCGCUGUGGGAUCAGGAGCAGAUAAACAGGGUCCUCUCAGUGCAGGGGUUCAGGGAGCAAGUCUCACGGGCACUAUAGAGCUGCUGCAGGCUCGAGUGAGCGCACUGGAUGCCGCAACUCUGGACCAGGUUGAGGCCAGACUGCAGAGUGUUCUGGGAAAAAUGAACGAAAUCGCAAAGCACAAGGCGACCAUCGAGGAUGCUGAGACACAAAAUAAGGUGUCGCAGCUGUAUGAUGUCGUUCAGAAGUGGGAUGCGAUGGCGUCCUCUCUUCCUCAGGUGGUACAGAGACUGAUCGCUGUUAAAGAACUGCACGAGCAGGCAAUGCAGUUUGGGCAGCUUUUGACUCAUCUGGACACAACACAACAAAUGAUCAACAACUCACUGAAGGACAACACGGCUCUGCUAACACAGGUGAAACAAACCAUGAAGGAGAACCUGGUUGCUGUGGAGGACAACUUUACAGCUCUGGACCAGAGAAUGAAGAAACUCUCUGAAUAAACGUUUGUUUAUUACGUGAGGAUGAAGGACAGGGAGAUGAUUUUCCCUUCCAUUAGAAUCAAGCUCUUUUCUCAAAUGACAGGUUGAGAACAAAUGUUCCACACUACAGACCACUGUUAACCUUUGACCCUUACGUCUCUCUUAUGAGCGGAGACACAUUUAUCAUAACAAUACUGUAGCUUAAUUACAUACACAAACUCCAGUGGCAAUGUCUAAUUCAACCCAUGCAACCAAGUACAGAACUUACAAUUUAAAUGAUGAUUUAGUGUCUUUUGUUGUGUAGCAUCAAAAGAUUUAUUUUGUAUUUGAGCGCUUUCAUUAUAAAUGAUAGAUUUGGGCUCUGAGGAGGGAUUCUGUAUACAUUAAUAUGUGCUCACGACUGAUUGUAACCAUUAAUGUAUUAUUACUAAAUGCAAUGUUCCCCGAUUAUGAUCAUAAUUUUCCAAAAUAGAGUUUCAAAUGCAUCUCUGGAUGUGAUAAUAAACACGCUUUCAGAAAUGCGUUUAAUUUUCAUAUGCAACAUGACGCACUACAAUAUUUAUACAACUUUUGGGUAAUUAAUUCUCAUUCUUUAUUUUGUUUUCAGUUGUAUUAUAUCAUUUAAAAAGAACAUAUUGCACUCACAAUGAGCAAUUGUUUUGCUAAUGAAAAUGAAAAUGUAUAAUCACCAUCAAACGUUUGUGUCACAUUCGUGUGAUGGCUUAAAUUACUACAACGAUAUAUCUAUAAAUAGUCGCGAUCAUGCAAAUGUUUAUGCAAGAAUGUUUUUAUGGUGGAUAAUCUUAAAAUGUCACAUUGAUAACUAGUCUUCCAUUAAGAAGAGAAUUACUUUAAUAUAGCAUACUUUUUUUUUU